AUGGUCACAGAAAACGUAACUCGAUAUCCGCCUCCUUCGGCUGAUUUCGAUCUCCCCGGCCGGCGCAGAGUUCCCCACCCACCACGAUUGGAGUCUUUGACCGAUCCACGCGCCCGAACCGCAAAUUCCGCUACGAGAUCUUCACCUCGCUCUCCCCGCUCUCCACGUCGCCAGAGAUCGCGUUCGCCUCUACCGCGGACUCAUCCUCACGAAAACCCUUGGCCACCUACGCCGCCUCACCAUGGCUCCUCGCAGGGUACGAGGGGCGAAUGGAAAACCCCUAGACCGACCGGUCGCCCUCAAAUAUACGCCACACCACCUGAAACCCAUCCCCCGAAUUGGCCCGCGCGAGAGGAAUUCGAACGGCCGAUGCAUCGGAAAGCUGCGCCUACGCGAGGCGGGCUCCGUAUAUCCAUGUCAACAUCCAGGUUGAACAAUAGGCGCCCGAGGACGCAGGAAUCUAUGGAGCGCCGCCAACAAGAACUGAGCCCUCAGGGACUCCCACUGUCACGCUACCCAACAAACGGGGCCGCGGAUGAGAAUCCUCCCCAACCAAGCAUCAAUUCGUCCGAAACCUGGCGCUCGAGUAUUGAACAAGCAAGUGGAACAGAGCGUAGCAGCGUCCUGACCAAGAGCAGCUCGAUCACCGAUCUUUCGCCGGAUACCCCCGACGCGCCUUACGGGAUGGACAAUGGGAUGAGUGUCGAAGAUGCCAUUUCCAUGUAUCUUGAUGGCUUCAGCGAUGUGACUGAAGAGCCUGGCUCGCCAAAAUCCUACGCAGGAAGUAAAGCGCCAUCAAUAACGCCCCCACCAUCACGCGAUUCACACAUAGAUGAAGUACACUCACAAGAUCCGUCGCUGAGCGACGUUCCUCCGAUACCCCCGAUGCCAGAAUUUACCAUGUCGCAAAUCACACGACCAGAUUCAUUGUUUUUACCAAACCUGACUUAUUCCGCACCCACACCCAUACCGCCCAUACUCCCAGAAUCCCCGCCAGAGUUCACACCCUUAGAACCCGCAGUACCCGAAUAUCCACAGGAAACCGACCCAUCAGACCCUGUUGUGCCAGACUCUCCGCCCGAUCUCACUCCCUCCGCAUCGCCGGUACCUGAGGUGUCUGAGGUGCCUCCUGCACACCAACGACAGCCUUCGAAAAAAGUGUUUAUUCCUGGAUUAGUGCCUCCACAACUCCGCUCUGGGGACGGCCCUCGAGACGAUUACGGAUUUCGCAAAGCCACCCAGUAUGUAACCCUGGACGAAUACGAGACCUGGAAAGGAUCCUACUCCCACCAUGUGACGCAAAGAAGAGCCAAAUGGUGUGAAUUGCUCAGGGAAAACGGGCUGCCCACAUCGGAACCCACAACGUUCCCGCCACAGUCUUCCAAAGUCAAGCGAUAUGUUCGCAAAGGAAUUCCUCCCGAGUUCCGAGGUGCGGCUUGGUUCUAUUAUGCCGGCGGGUACGAGCUUUUGAACCGGAACCUUGGCCAGUACGAUGAACUUGUUGCGAAGGCCAUGAGCUCACCAAGCAACGAUGACAAGGAGCACAUCGAGCGUGAUCUCCACCGCACAUUCCCUGACAACCUUCAUUUCAAACCGGAGCCCACCGCCGAGCAAGAAGAACAUUCCGGGAGCAGCAAUCCGAAUUAUUCUAAUGUCACCACGGAGACGCAGAUGAUUCAGUCCCUCCGUCGGGUUCUGUAUGCUUAUGCGCUGCAUAACCCCAAAGUUGGAUAUACCCAGUCUCUGAAUUUUAUCACGGGAAUGCUCCUUCUUUUCCUGUCCGAGGAAAAAGCAUUCUGGAUGCUGCAUAUCAUCGCUGCAGACUACUUGCCUGGAACCCAUGAGAUCAGUCUGGAGGGUGCCAACAUUGACCUCUGGAUUCUCAUGGUCCUGCUCAGGGACUCCAUGCCGGCCAUCUAUUCCAAGAUCGCUGCCAUGGGAGGAACCCCGUCCGGACGGGGUAAGAUGCCUCCCUUGACAGUGCACUCCCGGCUGCCGGACAUCACCCUCGGACUGACCAACUGGCUCAUGUCAGUUUUCAUCGGAAGUUUACCUCUAGAAACCACCCUCCGAGUGUGGGAUGUUUUCUUCUACGAGGGCUCUAAGACUUUCUUCCGCGUAUCUUUGGCAAUCUUCAAGUCAUGCGAAAAGAACAUUCUCGGCGUGACAGAUCCCAUGGAAGCAUUCCAGAUCGUCCAAACCGUCCCUAAAAAGCUGUUGGAUGCCAACAUGUUGAUGGAUGAAUGUUUCGUACGUCGCCACCGCGUUGGCCAAGGCCGUAUCGAAGAACUCCGAGCUCAACGCCGGAAGGCCGUCCGCGAAGAGAAGUUGCGACGAUCAGUCGCCUUCAGUAAAGGUCAGCUUCAUUCUGGAACCGAUGACUUCACCGGUCGAUCCCACACACCGAUCCCGGGCCUCGAGCAUCGGGUCGUUGGUUCAUGGCGUCACUUGAAACAACAUGCAUUUCGUUAA